CCACCAUCAAGACGCCGGCAAGCUAUCAUUCGCGUCUUGGGCUACUCUUCCUGCUUUUCGACGAGUUUUCCGAAGGACAACAAUGGCAAGGAACAACGGCAAAGAACAACGGCAAGGACGAGAGUCUAAGGGUACAGAUCGCAUUGCGGGUUACGUAGCUCUAGUACUAUAUAUCCGUAUGAAGAAUUUUGGGAUGUAUUUCCAGAUAGUUUCGAACUUGGUUUUGAAUUCCUCGUCUUGCGGUAUGUCAAGGCAUCGAUUUUUCUUCGCUAUACUGUUGUUUCUUGCAUGGAAUGCUCUCAGCAAAGGAAUCUCUGAACCUUCUGCGCUCAGUGUAUUUUCCGAGUACUGUCUGGAUCAAGAACGACUCGCCCUCACUUCGUCGUCCUAUCCAGCCCUGAAUUCCUCUUAAUCGAUGAUUAAUGUCGCAGCGUACAUCAAGGACAGAAUACGGAAAUAUUGCAUGUCGGCGACGACGCGAACAUCAUAUGCAGGCGGAUUACUCAACAGCUUCUUGAUAAUGCUGUGAUUACGAGUUGACUAGGGACCGAUGUUUCCAAAUCGUGGAUUGCGUUGAAUAUGAAUGAUUCCUUUGCAAGAUGGCGAGUGUGCGAACGUCUGGGUUCGUCUCACGGUCCAAAGAAUUAUCCGUAGCACCCUAAGACAGACGAAGACGUUUCUCAUAGAUAUGUUCAAUGUGUGUCGUCAAGAAGCCAGUAUUGCCACUACCAGGAGGCUAAGAUAGUCGGUAAGUAGAUCCUUGGUGAACAUGUACACAUUCAGAAUCGAAAUUAUUUCGCUGUAAUUCACAAAAUAAUAUAGAAGGAC